AUGGCCUCAACCGCCGCAAAGCGCCUCUUCAAAGAAUACCGAGCCCUCUCCUCCGACCCCCCCGAGGGCAUAACCGCGGGCCCCAUAAACGAAGACGACAUGUUCAUCUGGGAAGCGCUGAUUCAAGGUCCCGAGGGCACACCGUUUGAAGGCGGCGUGUUCCCUGCUGAACUGCGUUUUCCAAAGGAUUAUCCGCUUGCGCCGCCGAAAAUGAAGUUUCUUACUGAUAUGUGGCAUCCGAAUGUCUAUCCCAACGGCGAAGUCUGCAUCUCGAUUCUCCACGCGCCAGGCGAAGAUCCAAUGCAAUACGAACAAGCGUCGGAAAGGUGGUCGCCGAUACAGAGUGUGGAGAAGAUACUGAUUAGUGUGAUGAGUAUGCUGGCCGAGCCGAAUGAUGAGAGUCCGGCGAAUGUGGAUGCGGCGAGGAUGUGGAGGGAGAAGAGGGCCGAGUAUGAGAGUAUUGUUCGGACCAAUGUGAGGAAGAGUUUGGGCUUGUGA